AUUUGCAACGAUCAAACGUGUUAUAACGAUAAAUUCGAUUUAAGCGUGCAGUUGGAAACUAGAUAUUCAUGAAUAAUUGAUGUCCCGAUGUAUUUUCUGAACGCGAGAAGGGGAUAUGCGCUAAGAAACACGACGACAGAGUACCUUUUGAAUAUGAGAGCAGAAUAUGAUUCACUUACGGGAAAAAACUUCAAUGAAUAUUCAAAAAGAUUUAAAGUAUUUGUAUGGAUGGAACUAUUACACGAUGAAGCUCAUCGGUAUUUGGCCAGAAGAGAGGAAAUGGAACCAAGCGUCGAAUUACCUCGUUCUGAUACCGUUCCUAAUGAUAUUUUGUUUCAUUUGCGCUCCACAAACCAUCAAUCUCUCGUUAAUUUCGAACGAUUUUAAUCUCGUGAUCGAGAAUCUGUCAAUGGGUAAUAUUACCAUCACGCUUUCCCUUCUAAAAACUAUCGCUUUUUGGAUCAAUGGUAAACCAUUGAAGUCUCUUUUAAAUUGUAUGACCAACGAUUGGAUCAAAGUUACAAGCAAAACUGAACAAGAAACAAUGGCGAGAAUCGCGAACAUCACUAGAAACACUAUAAUAAGAAGUACAAUGAUGUGUCACACCGUAGUCGCCUUUUACGUAUUUUUACGAUACAUUUCCAUGAAAUACAACGAAAACAAAUUGCUCUUCCGUGCAUAUUUCCCUUACGACAUCACAGUAAGCCCGAAUUACGAGUUGACGAUGCUCGGUCAAUUCGUGGCCGCCCUUUACGCGGCCACUUCGUAUACAGCCGUUGAUACUUUCGUGGCCAUGUUGAUUUUGCACGUGUGCGGACAACUGUCGGGUAUAAAAAAUGAGCUCAGCCGAUUACCGACCUAUGAUAAAAAAGAUUUGGAGACGAGAUUGAAAGAAAUUGUUCAGAGGCACGAGUAUGUUAACAGGUUCGCGGAAACGAUAGAAAAUUGUUUCAACGUGAUGCUUCUGAUUCAGAUACUGGGUUGUACCGUGCAAUUGUGCUUUCAAUGUUUCCAGGCUAUUAUGUCAUUUGGCAGUGGAGAAGCGCAAGAAUACUUGUAUUUCCAAUUAAUGUUCCUGUUUAUCUAUGUAUUUUACGUGAUGUUGCAAUUAUACUUGUAUUGUUACGUGGGCGAGAGACUUUCAGUCGAGAGCAUGGAAAUAGCUAACGCUGCGUACAAUACCGAAUGGUACACUCUACCCCCAAAGAUCACAAGAAUGCUUAUAAUUGUCAUGUGCCGUGCCAAGUCACCGUUAACUAUAACAGCAGGCAGAUUUUGUUCCUUCACUCUGCAACUGUUCUCCGAGGUCUUGAAAACCUCGAUGCGUUAUCUUUCCGUUCUAUACGCGGUAAAAGAUAAAAUAAAACAUUGAAUAUUAUAAUAAGAGAAUAUUAUAAAUAA